UGAUAUAUAAAGAAGUCGCUCCAGAUCAAACAAACAUAUAUCAGGGAAUUUCCAAGUUUCUCAGAAGAUACUACUAAACAAAACACCUGCCAUGUCUGGAGUCAAAGGAGGCCGCAGCCAGUGCCAGCAGAAGACUUACUGCCCAGAUCCAUGUCAGCCCCAAGUCGUCUGCAAAGAUCCAUGUCAGCCCCAAGUUAUCUGCAAAGAUCCAUGCCAGCCUCAAGUCAUCUGCAAAGAUCCAUGCCAACUAACCAUAUGCCAUGACUCCUGCCAACCUGCCCAGCAUUACCAUUGCCAGACUGUGCAUUGUACCCAAAAAGUUCACAACCCUUGCCAUCCUUGCCAAUGUUAUGGAAAGCACUGAUUAUUCCCACCUUUUGAGCAGGACCUAAGAAUUUCAUCAGUCCAACAAAUGUCUUAAUUUUUCCAAAGCCUCUACUGUUUGCUUAUCCUGUCAUAGCUGUAUUGUUAGUAUCAAAUUGCUUGCCUCCUGGAUUUACUGUAUCUAUCCUGCUCUGGAUAUUAUUGUAACAUUAAAUUAUUUCACUUUG